AUGGCAAGCGUCUCAUCAGAUCUUCUCUGGGAACUCCUUAAUCCCCAUUAAAUUGUAGAAAAUUUUCAUUUUUGGGUUUAAACACUUUAAAUUGGAACAAAAUUUCAUUUUCAAUUGAAAAUUUUUAUAGGUAAAAAUAAAUAGUUUUGACAGAAUUUAGCAAUGGGAAGCACUAUCAAUAUGAAUUCUAGAUAAAAAUAAAUUAAUUGCAUUUAAUUUAUUUGGAUUAAAAAAAACCCUUUAAAUUGGAGCAGAAUUUUUUAUUCCAAUUUAAAGGUGUGGUUAGAAACAAUAACAAAUAUCUUAUCAGGCGCAACAACACUGAUUUCUCAACUGACCCUUACAAUUUAGUCAACAUUCAUAGCCAAAAAUUCGCAGGAAUUGCAAGCACAAGUGCCAUUGGUGUCGCUGACAGAAAGAAAGGAGAACCAGUUGUGCUUAAGGCCAAAAAGCUCAGAAAAUAUGGAGCAAAAGGCAAAACCCAGCACGAGGACAAAAUCACAAUUAAGAAAGGUGGAUACUCAGGGAGAUCAAAAUCUACCCUUGCUUCUCUGGUUGAUAGCAGAAACCCAAGCUUAGUCAAAGCAGCUUCAGAAAGAAUGCAAAAGCUUCACAAGAGCGAGCAUCCUAAGAAAGCGAUUACACGUAGAAACAGAAAGGCUUAA